GCGGCGCGCCUUCCUUUGCCUUCCUCCGCCUUCCUCCGCACCCCCCGGGGCCGCUCGCUGAGUACCGCCGUGGUUCCACUCCCAGCGGCGGUGUGCGGCUGCCCCCGGCCCUGAGGGGCUGCCUGGGUGGGGGCGGCGCCUCCGCGGCUCCCCUCGUUCGGGGCGUUGUUUGUCGGAGCACAAAAACGUCCGGCUUCCCGUUGUCAGGUUGAACUUGGGAAGCUGCAGCUCCGCAGUUUUCACUUUGCGAAGGCGCUCCGUCAUUGUGCUGUCUGUUCAGUCAGUGCUCCUCUUUCUCUCUCUUUUUUUCCCUAACGAGCCGUUUACAAGGCGGUAAGUGAGAGAAAGAUGUGCCUCAGGGCAGUGAGUGAUUCAAACCCCUUAGAAAUGACCCGGCGUGGGGAUCGGGCCGUGUGUGCAGAGCUGUUUCUAGAAGUGCAGGAGCUUUUUGUUCUUCGGUCCCAUCCCGGCCUUUCCUCUGCGGCGAGCUGUUAGAAACCAUCGCUUGGAGCUGUGCUGAAGUGAUGCCAUCAGGUGGGGAAGGUCCUCAGUGCCCUGUGUGAGCCACAGGGAACUGGUAACUGAGGGACUGGAACUGCCUGAGCAUGCAGCAGUCAUUGUGAGCACUGGGAACGUGGCUGUCUGAAGUUUGCUAAGCAGCAGCAAGGUGCCAGAUCUGCUUAUCAGAAUGAGCUACGUUUAAGCUUGAAACCGAGGUUUUUAUGUCCUUUACUCAAACAGCAACAGAAAACAUCUCUUUUUGUUCCGUUUUUUAGUUAAUAGCCUCAUCAGCCUUUGGCUAUGUUGUAUUUACAUGGAGUGACGUGGAUUACUCAGAUGAAAAUGUAGUCAGAGCGUCUGGUGUGUCAUGAGAUAAGCUUUAAUUAAAUGCCUUUAUCUUUGUUUUUCAAUCUCAGCUACCUGACUCUGUUACUUGAGAAGUUACUUUACGGUGACUAACAGAAAACAGUGCUGCUGAAGGGUUCUCACAUGAGAUGUGCUGUCCCGUGGAAGAUGUUCUGAACAAACCAGUGAAUGUUGUCUUGGCUCCAUACAGAGCUGUAGUGAUCCCUGAUAUUCUGUUGGCUGUCAGAUACCUUCUCCUUAGGUCUGAAAUGACUUGGUGUUGUGGUCAGCACAGUCCUCAGUUCUGUAAGAGCCAAAUAACCUGCAACACAGAUGUGUCUCUGGAAAAGGUAUUUUCCAUGAUAAGCAAGUCAAAUAAAUGGUCAAUGAACUUUUUAGUGGCAGAAGUGAGGGAGAGGUACCAGAUUUUAUGGUAUGUUGUAGUCAGAUAAGUGGCUUUUUGGAGAGACUGUUAGAGCUUGGUCUGAUGUGUAGCUGCAGUGUUUUCACAUAAUUUUAAAAAAUGUGAUGAAGACAAGCAAUACUACUUUGUUAUCAUAAGCACCUCUUUGGGUAUCACAUUAAAACACGGAGCAGAAUUUUGGAAUCAGUGUAUCCCCAUUUCACUUUCCUGGGUAUUAUUCAUUGUUUUUAACUGAGAAGUUUAACAGCAUUUGGUAACGGUUCUGUGCAGUGCCUGCUUUAAUUUUGGGGUGAUUAAGAUGACAGUGCAGCACUUAGUUUGCAGUGGUUUCAAGGUUUAUUGGAUUGCAGUGUAACCCCUGGGAUAUGCUUAAGCAUUCUCUUAAGGGCAGACAAACCUGCAGCAGUGGUUCAGGAGUCUCACUUGUGUUGCUCUGAGAACCAGAGCUCUCUGUGCAUAGUUCUAGAAAGAUUCUGUAUCUAAACUUAUUUUCCUCAUGUGCUGUUGAUUAAAUUGGCGUAGAGAAGCAGUGCUUGUUUAUAUUUGUUUGUUGUUAGUAUAUAUGGUUAUAUGUAAGGAGCUGAAAUCACUCCUUGUCAGGUUGGUAACUGGCUUGUUAGCAUGGCUGCUGCCAAAGGAUUGUGUGUCAUCUCUGCUGUGUUUGGGCUUUUUUUUUUUUUUUUCAGUAUGAAUUGAUUUUAAACAAUUUUCUCUCUGUCAGAAGUUUGAUGGGUAGCAAUUAGUGUAAUAUAUUGGCACAGCACAGUUUCAAAAGAAUCUUUAAAGAUGCUGAAUGUGAUUCUUUCUUUAUUUGGAGGUGCCGGUUUUCUUGGAUCUCCCUGCUUCGUUUAAGCACCUGUAACGAAGUACAUGAAUGUGAAUGUAAUAUUGAAUUACACCUUAUAAAAUAAUUACUGAGUUUAAGAGCGGGAUCUCGUAUUAGAUCUUAAAAUAACCAGAAAAAAUGUAGACUAUUAGGAGAAGCCAGACACCUGCAUUCUUAUAAAUGAAUAAUAUUUACUGUUUUGCCUGUUGUAGUGAUCAAUUCAAACUGAUGUUCAACGUGUUCAGGGUUAAUAUUUUCAGGGGGCAAAAAAGGACACUAUGAGUUGCUUACUGCCCUGUUGCUUUUUAUUCCUACUCUGUUUUCAUUCACUUUUUUUUUUUUUUUUUUGCAGGCACUGUGACUUCUGUAGAGUAGUGCUUAGUUUGCUUGUGAAGAUAUUCUAAAAUCAGGUAUUUCUAGGAAACCAAAGCCAGGAUUGUGGUGUUUCACAUUGGAGGGAGUGAGGCGUGUCCUGUUUGACCAUAGAACAUCUGAAAGUUUGGAACUGAUCAUGAAAGGUGUGUGGUUGACAGCAUUGCAGACAGAAGCUCAAGGCAUCCACAGAACAGUCUGGUAGAGGCACAAAUGAGGAACUUCUUGACAUUUUAACCUCCACAUUCAUGUUAGUACGUGCAUCAUGGCUCAGCAAGGGAAUGUUGGUGAGCUCCUCUCAAUGCUGGAUUCUCCAAUUCUGGGUGUUCUGGAAGACAUAACAGCUGCAUUCAAAGAUAAUCUCAUCUGUGACCGUGGACCUAUGCUUGUGAACAGCCUGGUAGACUAUUACUUGGAAACCAAUUCUCAGCAGGCACUGCAUAUACUGUCCACAUUGCAGGAGCCUCAUGACAAGCACCUUCUGGACAAAAUUAAUGAAUAUAUGGGCAAAGCUGCUACUCGUUUACCCACUCUCUCGCUGCUGGGACAUGUGAUAAGACGACAACCAUCAUGGAAACAUAAGCUUUCUCAAGCACCUCUCCUACUCUCAUUGCUUAAAUGUCUCAAGACUGACACAGAUGUAGUAGUACUCACCACAGGUGUCCUAGUGCUAAUAACCAUGUUGCCAAUGAUUCCUCAGUCUGGCAAACAGUACCUCCAUGAUUUCUUUGGUAUCUUUGGGCGUCUCUCAGCCUGGUGCUUGCAGAAUCCAGGUCACGUGGCAGAGAUUUAUCUUGUCCAUCUUCAUGCCAGUGUUUAUGCUCUCUUUCAUCGGCUUUAUGGAAUGUAUCCUUGCAAUUUUGUCUCCUUUCUGCGUUCUCACUACAGUAUGAAGGAAAACUUGGAGACCUUUGAAGAGGUAGUCAAGCCAAUGAUGGAACAUGUGCGAAUUCAUCCAGAAUUAGUGACUGGAUCUAAGGACCAUGAACUGGACCCACGAAGGUGGAAAAGACUAGAAACUCAUGAUGUUGUGAUAGAAUGUGCCAAAAUCUCCCUGGACCCUGCAGAAGCCUCAUAUGAAGAUGGCUAUUACUCUGCGUCUCGGAAAUCCUGUACAAACUUAAAACAUCAUCAAACUGACCCCAGUGCCAGCCAUUACAUUGACACACAGAGCAGCUAUGGGACAUCUACCCCAUAUUCCACUCCUCGGCUAACACUAUCACAACUGCCAGGGCAGCUACCUCAGAUUCUGAGCCCGCAGUCAAUAAAGCUGUCAACUGAGCCACAGCAGGUUACCAUCUGGAGUCCUUCUGCAGUUUGUGGCAUGACCACUCCACCAACUUCCCCUGGAAUUGUCCCAUCAGAGUCAUCCCAGUCAGCAUCACAACCUUACAGCAAAGCUUUUGGCACAUCUGCAGUGGGGAAGGGAACACCUUUGGGGACACCAGCCACAUCUCCUCCACCCUGCACUUCAGAUGACUUUGUGCAUGUCUCACUUCCUUCAGCUGCUGCCACACCUCCUAAAAAGGAGGACAAACCAGAUUCUGGGAGGCCUUCACUGUACCGACAGCAAAAUGUCAUAAGCAGCGAUAAAUCUUUGGACACAUCUGGUAGUAAAAGUUCAGUAACCUUAAGUGAUCUUCCAGAGUUUUUAGGAGGUUUGUCUUUUGAAGAUAGUGCUGAAAAGGACAGAGAAGAAGAUGCAAUAUCUAAGGAGAUCUCCGAGAUCACAACUGAUGCUGAACACAUGGUGCCUAGAGGAGGAUUUGACUCUCCAUUUUACCACACAAAUGAAAAUCUGUCAGGUUCUCAGAAGAAGACCCACUCAGUAGUCUCUAGUGUUCAGGGACACAGUCUGACCUCUGAGCCUUUAAUAUCUUCUCUGGACAAGCCUGGGCCUGAGAGUGUGCUGGAGACACCCAAACAAACAUUUACUCCCAUAGACAAGCCCUGCGGAGGCUCUGGUGAAAGCCCUGCUGGUAACAGGGAAGGAACCUCUGGGGAGACAAGUAUUCUCACUCCCAGCCCUUGCAAAGCAUCAGCACAAGGAAGAGCAGUGUUUGGGAGUGGACAGCCUCCCCUAUAUGAGCACCUUUUUGAGGUUGCAUUACCAAAGACUGCCUACCUCUUUGUUGGCAAGAAGACUGAGGAGCUGCUAAAGAAAGCCAAGGGAACCCAGGAUAAAGACUGUAUGUCCUCUACUUCUCCUGUGGAAGUACUGGAUAGACUGAUACAGCAAGGGGCAGAUGCACACACUAAGGAACUGAACAAAUUGUCUCUGCCAAGCAAAUCUGCUGACUGGACUCACUUUGGAGGUUCUCCCCCUUCAGAUGAGAUUCACACCCUGCGUAACCAAUUGCUAUUGCUGCACAACCAGUUGCUGUACGAACGCUUCAAAAGACAGCAGCAUGCCCUUCGCAACCGGCGGCUCUUGAGAAAAGUGAUUAAAGCCACAGCAUUGGAGGAGCACAACGCUGCCAUGAAAGAUCAGCUGAAAUUACAGGAAAAAGAAAUCCAGGCCUUGAAACUGAGUCUGCAGAAGGAACAGGCCAGGUACCAUCAGUUUCAGGAGGAGCAUGAAAGUAUAGUGGCUCAGCUUCACAGCCAGAUCAGACAGCUGCAACAUGAUCGUGAGGAAUUCUACAACCAGAGCCAGGAAUUGCAGACCAAGCUGGAAGACUGCAGGAAUAUGAUUGCAGAUCUGAGGUUAGAAUUGAAAAAGGCUAACAACAAAGUCUGUCACACAGAACUGCUGCUUAGCCAAGUUUCUCAAAAGCUUUCGAACAGUGAGUCAGUGCAACAGCAGAUGGAGUUCUUGAACAGACAACUUCUGGUUCUUGGAGAGGUCAAUGAGUUGUACCUGGAGCAGCUGCAGCACAAGCACACAGACACUACAAAGGAGGUUGAAAUGUUGCAUGCUGCUUUUCGAAAGGAACUGGAGAAAGCAAAACUGUGUGUUCAGCAGCAAAGCCAAAGGCUCGAUGCUUCUCAGAAACGGAUAGCUGAACUGGAAUCUCAGCUUUCUAAAAAGGACCACCUCUUCUUGGAGCAAAAGAAAUACCUGGAGGAUGUCAAAAUCAAAGCAAGAGGUCAGUUGCAAGCAGUAGAAAGUAGAUACAGGGCCCAGAAAAGAAUCACCCAGGCGUUUGAGCUGGAGAUCUUGAACCUGUUUGGCCGACUGGAGAACAGCCCACUGAAAAAACUUGAAGAUGAAAAAACAGAAGCAGCUGAAGCAGCAGAAGAAAGGCUGGAUUGUGGUAACGAAGGUUGUGCAGAUACUGUGGCAGGAUACAGUGAAGAAACCAUUGAUAGAAAUGGAGAAACCAAACCUCCCAGCACUCGAGGUAGCAGUAGCAGUAAAGGUGGCAGCAACAGUGAGCUCUCCACCCCAGAAAAAAAACAGAACCAGAGAUUCAGCAGUCGCUGGGAGACCUCCAUGUUGCGGGAGCCCUCCACUACUGUCCCACUGACUGUAGGUUCACUCCCCAGCUCCAAGAGCUUCCUUGGUAUGAAGUCACGAGAGUUGUUUCGCAACAAGAGUGAGAGCCAAUGUGAUGAGCAUGGUGUAACCAUCAACAGCCUUUCUGAUACUCUAAAGACUGAACUAUGUAAAGAUCCAAGCAUGGAGACGAAGGCUCCUCCAAGCCCCGAUAACCUUAGCCUCUCACCUAAGAUCCAGGAAAGCAGUGUUGGACAGCUUCAUAUCAUGGACUACAAUGAAACUCAUCAUGACCACAGUUAAAAAGGAAGAUAGUCAAUCAGUGUUAUUUUCAUAUUCUUGGCAUAGAACAGGAGGCGUGAAUGCAAGUUUAACUAAAAGCUUUUAUGUUUCUUUGGUCUGAGCAGCUAGCUCAUGCAGUGGAAUAGGAUUGAUGUCCAGUAACAGAAGAAGGCUGCUGAAUGAAUGCAAGGUGGAUUUUUGGGUCUGCAGUUGAAAUGCCCAGCCUAACUCUUGCUUCUUUUUCAAAUUCAGUCCUUAGCAGCGUGUACUAAUUUGAAGGGACAACUGUUAGCAUUUACAGAUAUUUUUUUCCCUUUCUCCCUGUCCGCAGUGAGUGGCUGCGUUUAUGAACUUGAGUGCAAUAUGAGGCCAAAUUAACGUUUGUGAGUCUACUAUGAAUGCUUUGUAUUUCCUUGCAAGCUUCCAAUUUAGAGCAGUUAAUUGUGCUGCCUGUCUGGGUGAUUCUGAUUGUUUUCAUCACGGAAAGGAGCAACACUAGAAUUUCUGGUGUGUUCAUCUAAGGGUCUCUAUUUUGCCUGUCUGCUGCCCCACCUUUCUCAGAGCCCAAUCUUUAAGUUGGACUCCAGCUGAGUACUUAAAUGUUUAAGGAAUGGUGUACCUCUGCAAAAUGAUUCAUUCACCCUAAUUCAUAAUCACUGUUUAUAUUGUCCUUAACAUUUCUUGGAAAGUUUCUUUUGAACAGACACUUAACAAGGAACUGGAGCUUGUAAUGCAGAGACCAUAUGUGAAGACUUGUUAAAACACUAGCUUCUGAUUGUAUUGGAAUUGUGUUUGUUUGACAGACUGGUACUGACCUCAGAUUGGUUCAUAGGGGAAAGCAAUUAGGGUGGGAGAAGAGGGGAAAAGGAAGCCUUAGUCACAUAAGGAGAGCAUGCAGAACGUGUAUGUAGAAUGAAGAUUUGCAGCUCACAAAGAGCAUUUCUUUCUCUAAUCAGGGAAAUACUUGUCCUGCCUGGACUCCUUCAUGGUUUUUGUUCCUGAUCUGAGCAAGAUCACUGUGUUCUGAUGUCAAGAAAUCGGCUUCUACCUGGGAGUUUGUUUUGAGGCUUGAUUUGCAGAAAACAGUUUCCUUUGAGUGCUGCUCUGUACCACCUGCAGCACGUUUUUCAGCUCAGCAAUGUCAGUUUGGCACUAGACAUAUCCCCUUCAUCCCCAUUUCCUUAGGAGAUGAGACUGAAGAAGCAGCUUGCUCGAUCAAACUGAGAAUCUGAUUGUGAAGCCUUUCUAUGUUAAUCAUGUUUAAGCCUUCAUUGAAAGAGGAUUGCAGGGUCAGGGCUUGUCAGUGGUCUGACUCAAUCUCCUUUGUGACAGAGCAGAGCCUGUGGUUAGGAAGGCAGUGUGCUUGUUUCAAACCGUAGGUGUGUCUGGGUCCAAGCAUACGUGGCCAUAUUGGGCUUCACAGGUACCCACGCUGCACAUGGCCUCUUCUCAAACAUUCUGUGGGUGGCAGCUGCUGGUCAAGAAUUGUCUCAAGUAUUAAAUGAAGGCCACAUGAAAUCAGUUCCCAUCCUAACCUGAGGAGGAGCAGGAGUCUGCUGGAAGAGCUGGCAGUCUGAUAACUUGUGUCAGACGCUGCUUUUCCUGCUGUUUUGUCCAUAACACCUUGGGUUGAAAUACAUUUCUGCCUGUCUGCGUUACUCUGUGUCCUUUUGGUUGGUCAGUCCUAACUCUGAAAGUAAAGGUGAACUUAAGUGGUUUUGUCAAAGCUUGAAUCUGCAUGGAAUAGAAAAUAGAGAGUUGGUUGUAAGUGACAGACUGGUUUUGUCGACAUGUCUAUAGGCUUUCUAAGACUUAGUGGUAGCAAACGUGGUAGCGUAUGUUUUGGUAAGGUUUGGAGGUUUCCUGCCUCUCAUCCCACCUGGUCCCGGCAUGGGGAGUGGAGCAGUUUGCACAUUGCCCAGCAGGCAGCUCUGCUCGUGGAGCUGGAGGUGUUGCAGGGCUUCCUUGGAGCACCCUGCUGUGCUGAGCCCCAGAGGAGAACCCUGCUGGUGUGGUGGCCUCGCUCGUUCAGAGGAGAGGCAGCUUUUGUUGUCGGUGACAAACAUGCCCUGGUGGUAAUGCAAGCUCAUUGAGGUGGCUUUUUUCUUCUUUUAAAAAGGACUUUAGCACCAGGAUAGUAAUAGAAACCACUUUCGGUUUGUUUAUGGACCACAACGAUUACGGAGGAACAAAUUUUGCAGUUUUUUUUUUUGUAAAAGUUUAAAAAUCAUGGAUCUGCUGUAUGUAGUUAACUUGCAGUUUGUUUGAAGGGGUCCCAUCAGUGAAGUGGAAACAGAUAUUUUUUUUUUUCUAACUGACUGCUUUUAGUUAAAUCUAAAAUUGCUGUCUUUGUCAAGUUAAUCUGUUCCCUGCCUCGCUCUUUGUAAGCAUGUUAAACAAUCCACAUUAAAUGCCAUAAAUAUGAAAUAUGAGGAAAUGGUACAAUCCUAAGCUAAAGAGAACUUAAACCAAAAGGAGGUUUUGCUGUCCUUAUUAGAAUGUUCUAAAAUGUCAAGGCAGUUGCUUGUGUUUAACUGUGAACAAAUAAAAUGUAUUGUUUUGCACUA